AUGAACCUUUUUGUGACAGUCGUGUUGUAUUUAGCAGCACUCCAAUCUGUGCUUGGUGAAAAAGUUGACUGUGAUUUCGUGAAGCCGUUCGCUCAACCAGAACCAGUCACGGUGUUGGAAAAAGUAGCACUCAAGUUCAAACCAACGCUACUCAUUGACGGUGGGUGCGUAUCGUUCCCAGCUGUGAACGAGGCUGGAGCGAUUAGUUCGGGACUAAGACCGUUGAAUGGGAACGACGGCUGUAUUAAAGCACCCCAGGGCUCACAAGUCUACGGCCGAUCCACACAGUUCCAAGAUAAAUGGGCAAUCAUGUUCGCAUGGUACUUUCCGAAAGGAUUUUGGUCUGGUAUGCCCUCGAGACGCCACGACUGGGCGAGUAUGGUGGUAUGGAUUGAUGACCCGGACUUUGAGACACCAAAACUUCUUGGAGUCUCGCUGUCGAAAUCUAAAAAACGCUAUACGAAGGCCACGGCGCCACUCUCCGAGGUCUACUUUGCUGGUUUCCAGGAGUAUGGCAGACGUGGGUACAAAACCUACGUCAACGGUUCGAGCACAUCUAUCAGAAUUUCCCAUUCGUCAGGUUUUUUUUUCGGCCCGGCGAGUUUGGAUCUUUCAACUAGAGAUGGUGACUAUCAGGACCUCAUCAUGUGGAAACAACUUACGGAAGAAGCGCGAAAGGCUCUGAAUUCGGCGAACUUUGGAAAAUCAGUGGUGCCGUUCAACGAUGACAACUUUGAGGACAUGCUCGAAAAAGCGUGGCCAUUUUAG